ACUUUUUUUACAUUUCGAAUGUAUAUAAUUUUAAUAUUUUUGAAUGCUAUUUUACAGUUUUUAGUGUUAAAUGUUUUAUGUGAGAAAAGUGUAUAUGUUUUUAAAUUUUGUGAUGUAUCGCGAUGGCCAAUUAUAAUGAUGAGCGCAAAAACAAAAGCAAUUUUAAUACAGAGAAUAGUCGUAGUUCUGUUGGUGGGCUGCGCUUUGCACAUCGAGGCAAGCCUCAACAACAGUUAUACCGUCCUGGCAGCGGGCCCCUUAAAAAAUCUAAUGGUCCUGAGGACAGAGACAUAGUCAUUAGUCACAUCAGAGAUAUGGACGAUAGGCCUAGUAGGUCUUUCAAUUAUAAUAAAAAAUGCAGGGCAAAAGAUGAAAAUAUCUACUCGGAUAAUCUAUCUGAGAUAGAUGCAGAUAUGAAUAGACAAAAAAAGCCAGGACGAGCAUUAUAUGUAGCAAAGCAGAAAAAUUUCAGCACAGAUACAAUAAAUAAAUGUCAUCUAGAAAACAGAAGAAACAUUCAGGGGGACAAUUCUAUGUACAAUAGCAGAAUGGACAAUAACAACAGUUCUAAAUAUACAGACAGUAAAAAUAAAAGGUUUUCUAGUAGGCAUCACUCAAAUACGCCUAAUGCAUAUAACCACAACAGAGAUAUACGACACUCAUCAGAACCUAGAAGUUUUGCUCACAAUGAUAGAUUUCAUGAAAUUAAAAGCUUUGAUGGCCUAGAAAAGAAUUCUGAUCAUAAUUUGAAAUCAAAACAACAUCACAAAGGAAACGGUUCCAAUUAUAUUAAUAUAGAAAAUAAAUCUCGAGAUAAAACAAGAACGUUAAUGAACCUACCUCCACGAUUACAAAAAAAAUUUUUGAUGGAGAAUGGUUAUCCUCUUGAUUCCCUAUCACCAGAAAAACUAAACCUAUAUGCAACUAAAAAGAAUCAUCAAAAUUUUGAUAAUAAUACAAAACCUGUUGUAACUGCAUCUAGCAAUAUGAACGGCAUUGAUGGUGUUAAUUCAAAUACUAGAGAUCCAUCAGGUUGGUGCCAGACACUGCCACUAGCAAGAGGACGAGGUAGGGGAAUUGUUCGAAAAUCUAAUAAACUUCCCCCUAGUAUAGAAUCUAUAAAAAUUGAUAAAAGGGUUCCACAUGUAGAAUACACUGCAAAUAUUUCAACCAGUGAUAGUAGAACAUUCGGAAGAAAUGAGCUACAUAAGCUCAGCCAGUGUGAAGAUACAGGAUCGCUUAAUAGUAUUGACUCAGAGAUUUACUAUAAUAUUGCAUAUAGUAAUGAAAGUAUGCAACACCGUUCUGAUCCAGCAGAAGACCUUGAUGCUAUUGGCAAAUUAGCAGACGUUCAUAUUUCACCACUUAACAAAAAAAUGGAUUGGAGUGAAGAGGUUGAAUUACAAGAGCAACAAGAUAAAGGUAGAAUAUCCCCAUUUGUAGAAAACAGUCCCACACAUCAUAAAUCUGGCCGAGGAAGAAGAAGGAGUUGGAGUAGGAGCAGAUCCAUAAGAGAUCGUUCUACUAGCAGUGGAAGUAGGCAAACCUUAGUAGGAAGUGAUUAUAUAAAAUCAGUGUAUCCUGAUAAUUCCACAUUCGGAACCGAACCUGAUCAUACUGUUGAUAUUACGGGUAUUGAGGGGUGUUCUGAAAGCAUUGAUAUGGAACGACGCAAUCAAGAUCGAAAUACUACAGAAAGGAAAAAUAUAUCACUAGCUCCUGGCUUGAUAAUUCUUCCUCAGAAGCCUAGUAGCACUUGGCAACGUACGUUAUAUGACCCAAAAAAUCCCAAUACACCAAUAGUCGUGAAUGCACAAGUUAGUGACAAUCGAAUUGUAGACAGUUCAAAUUCAGAAGCCAAUAAGAACUUUCAUAACAGUUUGACUUUGGGACCAGAAAAUACUAGGCCGACAUGGUAUGAUGUUAAAAAUAAAUCUUCUAAGCUUACCUGCAUUGUAAAGUUUGUAGAAAAGUCAGAUUUGGAUCUUCAUUGCAUGUUAAAAAAGGGAACAGUACUAAAUGAGUGGAAUAAAGUUCAGCAAAUUCGUUCAGACUUAGAGAAAUGUUUAUAUAAUUUGCUUGUUACUGAUAUCAAAUUUUGUCAAACUGAGAAUGUAGAGCAUCAUUUCUGGAAGAUUGUCUUUUAUAAUAUAAUCGAAGUUUUAAAAAAAACAAUGGUACAUGAUGAUAAAAACAAAACAAUGCAUCAGCAAACAUUAUUAACAGUAAUUGAUGACGCUACUAAAUAUUAUGAGAAAUUAUUGUGUGACUUAGAAGAAGCCUACAAAUAUAAAUUAGAUGAUAUUCUAAGUUCGCAUAUGCUGCCGCCUAAAGGACUCGGUUUUGUUGGCUUAGCCCUUGUUGCAUCUCAGAAAAUAUUUUUAUUUUUAGGAGAUUUAGCACGAUACAGAGAACAAGCGUGCGAGACAAAUAACUACAGCAAAUCUAAACAGUAUUAUAUGAAGGCGCAGCAAGUGAAUCCAAAAAAUGGAAGGCCAUACAAUCAGCUAGCAAUUCUGUCAAUAUAUGCAAGAAGAAAGUUAGAUGCUGUAUAUUACUAUAUGAGAAGUCUUAUGUCUUCAAAUCCAUUCUAUUCUGCAAAAGACAGUCUACUAUCAUUGUUUGAUGAAAAUCGAAAAAAGUAUGAAACUUUGGAUCGAAAGAGGAAAGAAGAACUAGAGAAACGAAAGCUAGCAAAUGUGGAUCCGGAAGAGGAUGAAGACAGGGUACGCAGAGAGAUAUGGAUUCAUCCAGGAAGAAAACCUGAUGCUGAAAAGACUGAAGAAGAGAAGAUGCUUGAGGGCAAUGAAGAAUUAGUCGAUAUGUCAAGUAUUGAACUCAAUAAAAGGUUUAUAACAAGUUAUUUACAUGUUCAUGGAAAGCUAAUUACUAAAAUAGGUAUGGAAUCGUUUGUGGGUGUAUGCAGACAGAUGUUAUUAGAAUUCCACUUGCUGCUUAAGCGUUCACCUCUUCCAGUUAACUCUCACCGAUUGUUGCAAUUGGUCGCUCUUAACAUUUUCGCCAUAGAUUCAACCUUUUCUGAAACAAAUCGCCGUGGAGAGGUUCAAGAGCGCGCUCUGGGCGUCGCGCUGGAGAUGGCUUCGCAGAUGCUGGACCGUUGCGUAACUCUGAUAUCCGCGCAGGUCAGCUCGCCACGUCUUUUCGUGCCUCCAGAUGUACAAGUCAUGUUACCUGCACUCAAGCAACAUUACGAAAAUUAUGAUUCAAAAAGAUUAAAUAAGGAUCGUACAGUUCUUUUUGUGCAAUGA